AUGAGCUACAUUGACGUGGUGACGAUCAUCAUUCACAGCAUUUGUGACUCACUUGGAAUGUUGUUGAACUUGGCUCUCCUCUACUUUGUUUUGUUCCGAACCCCAUCUCGUUUCAAACUAUAUGCUAUAUUAAUCGGUAAUACAGCUAUCACUGAUUUCGUGGCAUCUUUCUCAUCUUGCGUCACGCAGCAAAGAAGUAGAAAUAAAACGACAAACGAAGUAGCAAAAACGGUCUUAGAAAAAGAGGAGGAAAAGCAAGAGAGGGAAGAAUACUAUAUAUUAAAAAAGCAGCAACCUUCGGCUCUAUCGCUUAAAGUUCUUAUAGCAGUUGUAUCGACACCAUCUGUAUUCCAAUUUGUAGGUGUAUCAAAACAGACCAAGGCCUUGACAGGCUAUACUGUUAAACUUCAGGUCAUACUGUGCUUUGCGAACCAAUCCACAACAAAUCUGCUCCCGAUAAUAGAGCGAGAGCUACCGAAUUAUGAUGUCGCGAACGAGGCAAUCUCCGGCCACACGGACGUGUUUGAGUGGAAACUAUUCACAGCAAUUUUGCACAUGACUGUGCCUAUUUUCCCAGUUUACCUUUGCAUUCUGAUACUUCGAAGACGAAUCAUUGCAAUGCUCUCGAUACAAGUCAUGUCCGAGAAUACGAAGAUCCUACAUAAACAACUACUUGAGGCUCUCACCUGCCAGGCAAUGCUACCCGGCGUGUUCUCCAUUGGCGUUCUAUGCUACCUUUGCGGCCAGCUGGGUAUCUACCACCAUCCGUUCCUGGAGGCAUUCACCUUAAUUGCAUUUAGCAUCAUGCCUUUGCUCAGUCCGCUCAUAAGUUUGUAUUUUAUAGCGCCUUACAGAAGGGCUAUUUUGAGCCUUUUCCAGAGAAAGCGAAGAACGUUACCAAGUAAUGGAGAAGUCACAGCUAAAUCCGAAACACAUGGUGUCAGUAUCAUCACCAGCUAA